CUUGACUGACAGCCUACUGACUUCCCAGCCAACGGACCAAUCAGCUGCGGCCGGGGGCGGGGCCAGCCUCGCCAAAUAUUUCCAGUCGCGGUCCCUUGCAGUUACUUUCCAUCCAGGUUUCGGAGCAGCGUUGAGGCAUCAUCCCUGUACGCUGUGUGCGGGACGGAUCUGCAGGAGCCAGCCGCAGCGCGUGCGUUGUUUUGGGGACCUCUACUAGUAUGAGAACUUCCAUUCCCGCUCCUUUGAUUUCUUUCAUUCUCAUGUUUUAUCAUUUUCUUGAUUUUGACCAUCCGACCUCAUUGUUUCGCCCUUCUCAUCUCUCUGCUGCUGUCACCCACAGUUUGUUGCUCACCACCAGCUGAAAGGGGAAUAUCUCACCAUUCCACCACCAGCCAUCUCUGUGCUCUUUUUCUCUGCUGCUGCUGGUCUGGAUGUUGGCUGCACUGCUGGACUAUCACGCAGGGGGAUUUAUAUUUGAAUUGAUUUCCAUCUGCCGCCGCUCCACCGCGGACACCGCCACUUUUUCUGUCUGAGGGAUGUAUAACAGCAGGGUGAAUCCUGCGCUCUGAACACGGGAGAAUACUAACGCACUGUCCGCUGAAUGAACUGCUGCCGUGCGCCCUUGGUUUUUGGAGCAGGUCUCUCUUCUUGAGAUGCUCUCGUGCGUCUGAUCAGGGUUUGUGGUCCGUGCGUAUCCCCUCUGGAUCGGGAUCUAAGGUGAAGCAGUUGCCGCGGAGCUCUUGUCCUCUAUUUUUUUGUGGACAUAUUUUGUUUUUCUUUUGGAGGAGGAUUGUGCACCGACCCGGAGUCGCGCAGGCUAACCAUGGGGGACUCGAUGUGGAGAUAUUAUUUCGGAGUUUUGUUUAUUGCCUUCAAAGUGGACCUGUGCCGGGCGCUCAUCCUGGAGUCCAUCUACUGGAACACAACAAAUACCAAAUUCGUGCCAGGCCAAGGCGUGGUUUUGUACCCCCAGAUCGGGGAUAAGUUGGACAUUGUGUGCCCCCGCGUGGACGGCGGGGUGAGCGACGGUGUGGAGUAUUACAAGGUGUACAUGGUGCCCAGGGAGCAGCUGGAGAGCUGCACCAUCACCAAGGCCGACACGCCGCUCCUCAACUGCGUCAAACCCGACCAGGACGUCAAGUUCACCCUCAAGUUUCAGGAGUUCAGUCCGAACCUGUGGGGCCUGGAGUUCUUCAGAGGGAAGGACUACUACAUCAUCUCUACAUCUAACGGCACCAUGGAGGGCAUCGACAACCAGGAGGGGGGCGUGUGCAAGACCAAGUCUAUGAAGAUAAUCAUGAAAGUGGGACAAAAUCCCUCUGAUCCUAUCUCACCCAAAGACAACCCCACCAGAGUUCCCUUCCCUCCCAAGCACUCAGACGACAAGGACACCUACAAUCCUAACGAUGUGCUGGAGAAGCCAGGUGUAUCACCCAGAGAAAGCAACGAUAACGACAACGGGGGAAAGUCCUCCAGCGCCAUCGGCUCUGAGCUGGCCAUCUUUGUGGGCAUCGCCUCGGGCAGCGUCAUCUUCAUCAUCAUCAUCAUCAUGCUGGUCCUGCUGCUGCUGAAGUACAGGCGGCGGCAUCGCAAGCACUCCCCGCAGCACGCCACAACGCUGUCUCUGAGCACCCUGGCCACACCCAAACGGAGCGGUGGGAACAAUAACGGCUCGGAGCCCAGCGACAUCAUCAUCCCGCUCAGGACUGCUGACAGCGUCUUCUGCCCGCACUACGAGAAGGUCAGCGGCGACUACGGACACCCAGUCUACAUAGUUCAGGAGAUGCCACCUCAGAGUCCGGCGAACAUCUAUUACAAAGUCUGACGUGGAACUUUUAGCGGAACAAUCCUCGGGCAGAGCGGGUUUUUGAUUUGGCCAGGCACCGCCGGCACACCCGCAAACUCUCGCUCUUUCUCUCUCUCACUCUGUCGACUCCUAUUCCUCCUCCUCCUCUCCUCUGAUGUUUUGUCACUAGUUUUUCUUUAUUACAGUUUGCUGAUACCUUGUGGCUCUGGUUCGGUUUCAGUCGGUGCGGAUUAAAAAGAUGGAGGCUGGAGAGAAGGCUGAUGCUGCCGGAGCUCUCGGGGAAACGGAGGAGCUGAUCUCCUCUCCCUCUGCAGCGGCUCCUGUUUUUGUUUUGUGCACUGCAGCCAGCGAGGACUGAGGGAUGUGGAAGUUAGAUGGUGUGUUUUUGCUGUAAUGAAAUGGGAUGGACAGAUGGAUGUACGGAUGUGGCACAAGAGGAGGGGAAGAAAAAGAGACUACUGCUUGGUCAAAGAGAGCUACAGAGACAAAAAGAGUGAGGAGGACAGGAAAAGGAGGCUGACCAUGAACUCUGAAAAUGGCUGCCCACUGUUGAGAGACUCUGUGGAUUUAGCAGGCGGAGGAGGAAAAAGGAGAGAGAUCCUCGCAGCGAUCCUCUCUGGGACUUUCCUGACUGACUCACGGAGAUCACCCAUUCACCCUGCCACCCACAUACCCACUAUCACACGUACACACAUCACCCACACACAGACACGCUGUCUCAAUGUGAACUGUUUGGGUUUAAUGUGGAUUGCACCAUUUCUUCCUCAUCCCAGAUUUGUUUUCAGAGAAUCGCUUCAUUCAGAUUUACUUGAAGAUUAUUGUUCAACUUUCAUAUCCUUGUGUGAUUCUUUCUUUUCUCGUUGCAUCAUGUCAAGUGACCCCACAGUGGCUCGGAGCGGAGAGAGAGUGUGUGCAAAGACGGAGAGAGGAGUUUUUCUAUUUUCAUUUAGGAACCUGGGUGCACGUCAGGUGUGCUCAGGUGGCUCCUGGGAAGAGUGGAGGACUUUCAUACACAUAGAGCAGCACUUUUAACCCCAUUCUGGUACCUCCACUCUUCUCAGAGAGAGACGCAGUGAUAGCUAGAGAUGGGAGAGCAGCUGUAUCAGAGUUAGCAGCAGUGAGGGCUCGCCUCAGCUUCUUCUUUAGAACCCAGACUCUCCACGCGGGGGAGUCUCCGGGGCAAUAAGAAAUCCAGUUCGCCUUACUGCCAUGUCAGGUGAAGACAAGGCCCGAGAUCCUGUUGAGGUUAGCAGAGCUGGCUGAAACAGCUCUUGGUACUGUAAUGUUUACCCCCAGGUGUCCAGUGAUGACUAAGGGUGUCCUGAGGGCUCAGAGUCAGCGUGAUAGGUGCUCUCCUAGUCCAGCACGUUCUCACGUUCCCGUGGUACCGCGGAUUGAACGGCAGCUCAAUGCUUCAAAAUACGAACACGUAGGCAUGCGUGAUGAUUUAGUUUUGCAUGUGCAGACUCAGAGGUCAAGUGAGUAAUUAAAAAAACAAACAGACUAUCCGAAUAAGUUUUGCAGUAACAACAAAUGUAUAAGUUACGCAACUAUAUAAGGUCCAAUCUACGGACACGAAACUUUUAAGAGUUGAGCCUUGAGAGAGUUCCCCCACAUGCUUCUUUUAAGGGUCUCACCAAACACGUCUCAUGUCGUACCGCUUUUGCAGUAACCACGAAAUGUAAAAGUUACACAACAAGCAUAAAAUCCAACCCACGGACACAAAACUAUUCGGAGAGAGUUCCCACACGCACGCACGCCUCUUUUUGAGCGUCUAACCAAACAUGUCUCAUAUCUCUUCUCUUCCCUGAUUUCUCUUUUCUUAAAAAGUCAGACAUGAUUUAGAAGUUUCCUGAGCGGACUUGACUGCACAGCUCGUCACUUGUGAAACCAAAUCCCACGUCUUCGUAUUUUGAAGCAGCGAGCUGAGAGUGAGAACGUGCUGACUGUUCUCGAUUUCUAAAAAAAAAGCACAGGGACAUCUUUCUUACAUCGUCACUGUUUCUCAUUCUCCAUUAGCAUUUCCACAUUGUGAGUUUUUAAUUUACUCUUUUUUUUUUUUAAAUAGAUGUACAUUUUAAAAAGGACGUUACAAAGAAGAAAAAAUACAAAUAAAAAGCAGAAUUUAUUUAUGAUAGACACAUAGAGCACAGGUGUUGUCGGGCGGGACGGAGGAGAAGAAGAAAAGGAGUAAUGUUAAUAUAUUAUGGUAUAAGUGCACAUUAUGCAAUCUAGGUUUUUGAUUAUUUGAUAUCUCUCGACCCGCUGAGUCCUGGUCCUUCAUGAGCUCUCGCCCGCAGACUCCUGGCUCAGCCCGGGCCCCGGGCCCUGAAGUGCGGGGUAGUAGACCCCGUAUAGCUCACAUCGAUGUAUAAAAGGGCAGAGUAGCUGUGUCUACCACACUCACUCAGUGUAGCAUCUCCCAAAGGAUAACUCCCAUGAACACCCAGUGCCCAGAUUCUCCUCAUACACACCCUUCAUGUUCUCUGUGCAUGUGUGUACAUGUGUGUGUGCGUGUGUUGAGCAAGUUUCAGUGAUUCACAUCCAUUAAUAUCGUCGGCUCAGGGUCAUAAACAUGACCGGAGCCAAGCCCCGAGCAUGCAUCAGCCCAUCCUCAUUCGUUUUUAAAGAACAUCAAAAUUCACCGAAAAGCCAAGCCUUGUAUGAUCUGAGGUUUGUGCCUCCAAGAGGCUACAAAAUCUGCAAAUAUGCAAUUCUUAUUUAUUUUUUUAAUCGAUUCUGAUAAAAAAAAAAAACACCUAUGGAAAGUGUUCUUAACCACUGAGAGAUGUAACGACAAACAAACAACACAAAACUAGCAAAGUACGUCACACAAGCCUGCUGUUCAGUUUCUGUUUCUGCAUUAUUUGAACCUUUUCUGUUUGAACGACGUGCCGUAGUACAAAGGUAAACUGUGAACAAUGAAACCAUUCAAAAGCAUAUAUAUCACACCUGAACAGAAAAGAUGAAAAGACACACACGUACGACAAAGAAAUGGCUGUUUAGUUGCUGUCUGUCUGCGGCAGAAUAUGACAAUCUUAUUAGUUUCUUUGAAUCUGACGUCCUUUUCUUAGCGGCCGCUCGGCUAACGCUCUCCCAACAUCGACCCGGCUCGCUUAAGAGCGGCGAUGCUGUGAGAGUCUUGGCACAGGAGCUCGGAGAAGCACCUCAGGCUACUGUAAAAUGCCUUGCUCGUAUGGUCAGCCCUUGGUCACUUGACUCAGUAAUUUUGCACCGUACUUCUGUAGGUAAGAAACUGUAAAUACAUUAAUGUUUGUAUUGUAUAUGGAUCCUGGGUUGUUACAAUAGCCUUAUUCACCUUUUUAGGAAAGUAAAAGGAAAAAAGUUGAGAAAAAAUGGAGUACACUUCAGUAAAAACAGAGCAUACUACUUUUUUGGUAAAUAGCUUAUGUACAUAUUGACCAGAACCCAAUAAAACAUUUUUUAUAAACUCUUAAAGUAAGAUGUUUUGUAUAAAAUUUGAAUUUUUUGCUAUGUAUUUUAGCUAGCGCUCGAUGGAAAGUCCGUGUCCUCCCCACUCCCUCCCCUUUUGCACUGUUUUCAUGGUAAUUUGGUUUAAAAAAUGAGAGAAAAGUUGCCAAACCGACUGCUGCAUAUUUGUGCCAUAAGUGUGUACCAUAAAUAUUUAUUGAAUUAGUUUCUUUUUUUUUCUCUUUUGUUCUGUUUAUGAUUUCAGUCCAGUUUUGAGUAACACAGUAUUACUAUAUUUGCAUCGUUUGUUCGUCUCCCCUGGUUUUCUUUCGUCAUGUCAUGGUUACUGGGUGGCCGUAGCCCCGUUCUCUCCCCCUGUUCCUCGCAGUAUGAGAUGGCCAGGCUGUGAAAAAUGGUUUUAACAUUCAAAAUUUAAAACAAGUUCAAAGUGAGGAUAAAUGACACACAUUCCACCAGUCUGUUACAAACUGAAAAUGUUUUUCAAUAAAAUGUUUUUCCUAUGGA